CGGACAAUAACAACCAAGUCCGACCAAUAAGCAGGCGAUUGAUGGGAAUCUGAUAUUGAACUCGGGUCUGUCUUGCUUAUUGUCAAUAGGACUACAGCAGCGUCGCUAAACCCGUCGGCUUGAGCAGGCGUGUGUUUGUAGAGAUUAGGAUAGCUGUGGAUAUCUCAGGGUCGAAUCAAUGUCUGAUACUUCAGAAUUUACCGAGAAGGAAGAAAAGGAGGACAUCACACCCGAGGAAGAACAAGGGAACCAAUCAGAAGACAGCAGCGAGGACGAAGCCUCCGGGGCGACAGAGAUGGACUUUCUGCGUAACCUCUUCUCCAGCACCCUGGGCCUUGGCUCGGUGGAGAAGGUUCUAGAUGAGCUCAACCUGGAAGGGUUGGCGCGUUACAUACAGAGUGGAAAAUGUAAAAAUAUAGUCUGCAUGGUGGGAGCAGGGAUAUCCACCUCGGCUGGGAUUCCAGACUUUCGCUCCCCAGGGACUGGUCUCUAUGCCAACCUGCAGAAAUAUAACCUGCCGUAUCCAGAGGCCAUCUUUCAGAUUGACUACUUCAAGAAACAUCCUGAGCCAUUCUUUGCCCUGGCUAGGGAACUCUACCCAGGACAGUUUAAGCCUACAGUGUGUCACUACUUCAUGAAGAUGCUGAAGGACAAGGGACUGCUCAGGCGCUGCUACUCACAGAACAUCGACACCCUGGAACGGGUGGCCGGUCUGGAGGGAGAUGACCUGAUCGAGGCUCAUGGAACGUUCUUCACCUCCCACUGCGUCAGCUUCUCCUGCCGCAAAGAGUACAACCUGGAGUGGAUGAAAGAGAAGAUCUUCUCUGACGACAUCCCCAAGUGUGACAAGUGUAGCAGUCUGGUCAAGCCAGAUAUCGUCUUCUUCGGAGAGAGUCUUCCUGUCAGAUUUUUCACUUCAAUGAAGAUGGACUUCCCGCAGUGUGACCUCCUCAUCAUUAUGGGAACGUCCCUGCAGGUCCAGCCUUUCGCCGGUCUAGUGGGCAGAGUUUCCAAGAGCUGCCCCAGACUGCUCAUUAACAUGGAGAAGGCAGGACAGGCUGACCCGUUCUUUGGGGUGUUAGACUUCGGGGGAGGGAUGGACUUUGACUCAGAAAAGGCUUACAGGGAUGUAGCUCACAUCAGUACGUGUGACGAGGGCUGUCUGGCUCUUGCUGACCUGCUUGGAUGGAAGGGUGAGCUGGAGGAGCUGGUGAACAGCGAGCACAGCCGUAUAGAAGCUGAGGACCAGCAGGAGAAAGCCAGUGGAGCCGCCGGCGCUGCGGCCGAGACUGGCACACCACGGUCCGCCCCGGAAGACAAGACCACGGACCAGCAAACCAAUGAUUAAACAUAAAAUGAUUGGAGGUCGUCCUCCUUGCUUGACCAAUCGGACGGUGAGAUGAGUCCUAGCGUGCGAUUGGUUUAGAAGGGUAUUUACUGUACAGGGGACGGGGAUUCAUUCACAAACAGAUGUACAGGGUGUCUGACCUUUUCUUCUCUCCUUUGCACUUUACUAAUACAGACUUUUAGCUCCCAGGAACUCAUGCUUUCUUUUGGUGUAACGGUCCCCCCUCCCAAAAAUGAGUUGACUUUUGAAUUAUAUAUAUAUAUAUUAUUAUCCUCAUAAAUGUGUUUACUUUUAGAUUAUAUAGUUUACUAUUAGAUUAUAUAUAUAUAUACAAGAUAUAUCUAUAUAGGUGUGUGUGUGUGUGUGUGUGUGUGUGUGUGUGUGUGUGUGUGUGUGUGUGUGUGUGUGUGUGUGUGUGUGUGUGUGUGUGUGUGUGUGUGUGUGUGUGUGUGUGUGUAAAAGUAAACUAAAAAAUGUCCCAACCCAACUUCCAUGUAUCCCGGAGCCACAACCCUAAACUGACCCUGUUGUGAGCUGAAGCAGAACCGCAUCUGUCGACGUGAAAGUACUGCAGGUCGAACAAGGUUCAACACUGACCACAAUGUGUUCUGAAAAUUGGUUGAAUUCGACAUGAAGAUAUAUCUGUUUCUUUCCAUUUUGUUUACACUCUGUAUUGUAUCUUCUUUGUGAAAUGUGGUGUUUUCUUAAAUUAUUGUAUAUUUUAGUGCAAAAUGGUAUUAUACACUAAUGUAUGACUGAUAACCAUCUAAAGUCAAAAUCUUCCAAUCGGUUGCAGGUCUUUGUCUCAUUUGAGAUAUCGGUUGGUGUUCGGAUUAAUCAUGAUGAUUGCUUGGGUUAAUGAUUGCUUGGGUUUACUUUGUGACAUUGGUUUUGCCAUGUGUGCCGUGUGCAGUAAACCACAUUUUGACCGCAACGUUUUCACUCUGACUGUCUGAAGUGAGUUAUAGACCUCUGAGAACAGUCCAACACUGCAGAAUUAUACUUACAAUAACAUCUUAUUAUGAGCAUAUAUGCUAACAACGUGAAGCUCUUUAUUGUAUUUCUUCAUUUUUAUCUUUGACGGGGGGUCGGGGGUGCUCUGGGGAGAAUUGGUUUUAUGCGUGAGACGAUAAUUUCUACAGGAAAUGGCUGUUGUAACAGGAAGUACUAAAACUGGAAGCUGUGAUGUCACUCUUGUUGCCACAGAAACGUUGAACCCAGAGCCAACAGCCUGUGCUGUCGGGCCAGCGUUCGACUUUCCAAAUCCUGCAAGUCCCAAAAAUAAAAACGCAUAAUGACUUC